CUGCGCCGGUGAAUCCCCCCUCUCUCCAGCCGGUGUGGCACAGUCCAGCGCCUCCCUGACUCCACGUUCCGGUGCCGUUUCCGUGUUUCUCUGUGUGGGCAGCAGAACAAUGAUGGGCAAGUGGGCAGAGCUCCCUGGCACUGUGGCGCUGCUUCUCAUGCUCAGCCUGGGCAUGGCCGGGGGCAGCUACACCAGCGCCCCUGUACCCCCUGUCACUGCAGCUUGUAGCUUCUAUUCUGGAAGGUCCUGCGAAGAAUGCCUGAAAAAUGUCUCUUGCUUUUGGUGUAUAACCAACAACACUUGUUUGGACUAUCCAGUAAGGAACAUUUUGCCGCCCUCCUCUCUCUGUGCAAUGUCAGCAGCUAGAUGGGGUGCUUGCUGGAUCAACUUUGAAGCACUGAUCAUCACAAUAUCCGUGGUUCUGGGACUAAUCCUACUGAGCACAACAGUCUGUUGCUGCUAUUGUUGUUAUUGCAGGAAACGCUCCAAUUCCCUAAUGAGACUGGAAGCAGAGGAAGAAAAUCUUAUGCGAGAGCGUGAAAGGAGGAAACAAGAAGCUCUUCAGAGAAAGAAUGAAAGGACUGUAAAACAUAAUGAGAUUCGGAAGAAAUACGGCCUCCUACAGGACAUGGAUCAUCCCUACAGCCGAUAUGAAAAUGAGUGAACUAAUGUAGGAAAUGCAAGAAAGAGAAUCAUAAGAGGGAUUUCAAAUUGCAGUCCAAAUUUCCAAUCUAAGGUUGUCAUUUUCCCACCCAUAUCUUAACCCAGACUACAGUAUCAUGAAUGCGCACCUUUUAUUGAGAUUGUUUUUAUGUGCAGCAUCUGUUGCAUUAGAGAAACGUCACUGAGGAGAUGUCACUCAGCAGGCACCAGGGGAAUUGGGUUUUACUUGUGUUUCCUUCCUUCUUAUCAAUGCUGUGCAACCUAAAGACUGACACAUUCCAUUAUCUUGGAGAUACAUCUAAUUAGACCUUACUGCAGUCUCAAAGUAUUGAUAUAUUGACCAGCAUUGUCUUAUUAUUUUGCACUUUUCGUAGGGAUGUGAUAUGCAUUGCUUGCACUGUUGGCAGUAUGCAGUUUUAAGGGGCGUUCUAUGUGCUAGGUACCAAGCCUUUUAUUAUUGUGGUUAAUUAUAUACUACAUAGUUACAUUACUGCAGUUUCUUUUAAUAAAUAUAUGAAAUAGUUCAAGCAUCUAGUUUAGGGAUGUGCAAAUCCAGCUGGUUAGUUCCCAGCAUCUCUUGCUCCUAUUAGCUUGUCUAGUCAAUUGCUGGCUCGUUUAGAAUCAUCAGUAAAAAUUUCUGUGCUUUUGAAAAGAAUGUUCUGUAAUAAAUGUGAAAUUGAAAAUGUAAGAAGUGAAAAUGAGUGAAGUUUGCUGCAUGGAAAUGUAAGUUACAUUUUUAUAGUAUAGCCCGUCCUCACUGUCUCUUAUUGUACAUUGCAGAAAGCGAAGAUAUAUUUGGAAAAUGUGGCUGCUUCUAAUUUCACCUCAUUCACAUGUGUACAAGCCAUGCCUUUCCGCCAUAUUUACUCUUGGGCUGCUGUGCUGCUUGUGUCACCCAAGGCGGUUUCCAUAGGGCUUUAUAAAUCAUCGCAGCACGCUAGAAACAACGGUUAUUCUGCUGUCCUUUUUCCAAAAUGCUUUGCUUGAGGCAAACACAUUACAGGACCCAUGUAUCUGUCAGUUACAAAGGCAGAAAAAGACCCUUGAGGUGAAUACAGUAUAUAUGUAGGACUGCAGAAUAAUGGGCUCAUUAAUGCAAGAACUAGCAUUGCUUUAUUGGUAUUAGUGCCAAUGAUAGCCAUGUCAUUCAGUGUUACUUCAGAGUGUCACCUUGGUUGGGAACAGGCUGAUUGGUAAAUGUCUUCCACCGUCUAUGGUCAAACACCAAGGUCGAUAAACUACAUGUAUCAAUAGGGAAUAUUUUCAGUUGAAAUAUUUUGUUCUGGGGGUGUUUGGUACUCGUAUCCUGUGGAAAUAACAGAGUAUAAUUUUCAGUCUCUUGUUACAAAAGUUCUUGUUUGCCGCAUACAAAUAUAUUUAUGGAUGUAUGUAUGAUCUUUGCUUGAUUAAACACUUUUUUUCCUUU